AUGAUCCAGAUAUCCCUCAGUCCGUGGACUGCUACCUUGCUCGCAAUUCUCGCUUAUCCCAUUAUUAGAAUUAUCCACAAUCUUUAUUUCCAUCCACUAUCACGGAUUCCAGGACCUCGUUCAUGGGCUGCAUCGCGACUCCCAUUCAUCGGGGCCCUGAUUAGAGGAACUAUCGUCCAUGACUUUCAGCGUCUACAUGCGGAAUACGGUCCCGUCGUUCGCAUAGCGCCGAACGAGGUGACUUUUGCCGCCGCAGAUGCCUGGACGGACAUCUUCCAGACUCGCCCGGAUCAGCCGCAGUUCCUCAAAGAUCCCCUCUGGUGGGCUCGACAACCUGGCCACCCGGAUUCCUUGCUCAGCGCCAUUAACCCGGAUAAACACGCGCAUAUGCGUCGUCUCCUCAGUCCAGGGUUUACUCCGCGUGCUCUCCGUGCGCAGGAGCCCUUUGUACAGAAGUAUGUGAAUUUACUGGUGGAACGUCUCCAGGAUCUCGCCAAAGACACCGGGGUGGGGAGUGCUGAGGUCGAUAUGACACCCUGGUUUAACUAUACCACCUUCGAUAUCUUUGGCGAUCUUGGAUUCGGCGAAUCCUUUGACUGUCUUCAACACUCGAGGUACCAUCCGUGGAUUGCAAUUCUGUUCAACAGUGUCAAGGCAGCGUCCUUCGUCAUAUCGGCCCGGUUCUAUCCUCUUAUCCAGUUUGUGCUUCUCAAGUGUAUCCCACCUUCUCUGAGAAAGGUGCAGCGUGACCACUUUCAGCAGAUCGUCGACAAGGUCCAGCGCCGGCUGAGCUGGGAGUUACAGCGGCCGGAUUUCAUGUCCCAUCUCAUAGACAAGAAUGGAGAGCUUGCUCUGCCUAUCGGUGAGUUGAACGCGACCUUCAUGAUCUUGACGACAGCUGGCAGUGAGACGACCGCAACAGCCUUGACCGGCACGCUCAACUACUUGGCCAAUGAGCGUCCCGCCUUGGCCCAGCUAGAGGAGGAGAUUCGAGGUGCGUUCAAAAGCUUCGAAAGCAUCACGCUUGACGCUGUCCGUAAUCUACCAUUCCUGAAUGCCGUCAUCCACGAGGGUCUGCGACUUUGUCCUCCCGUGCCCUGGAUGCUGCCACGCCUCGUACCGGAGGGGGGGAGCAUGGUAUGUGGAACGUGGCUUCCAGGUGGGACCCCGGUCUCGAUUCAAGCAUACGCUCUCAAUCGCGACCCCAACCUCUUCUACAAGUCCAGCUCCUUCCUCCCCGAACGAUGGCUCCCCCGCGCAGCGUCGGACCCCACUUCACCCUUCUUCCACGACGAGCGCCGUGCUGUGCAACCCUUCAGCGUCGGACCCCGCGCUUGUCUAGGGCAGCACCUGGCAUGGGCCGAAAUGCGGCUGAUCCUGGCCAAGCUGAUCUGGACGUUCGACAUGGCCUCGAUCGAGGGCAAGCGGGUGCGGUGGGAGGACAUGCGCACGUAUCUAUUGGUGGACAGGAAGCCAGUCAACGUGCGCAUCACGCUACGCGAGGGCGCUGGGGUGUGA